UAUUUAUUUAUAUAUAUAUAUAUAUAGAACAAGGCGCUCUUUAGCCUGUAUAGGGAUAUCUUCCAAGAGGAGGUAAUUAGCCCCGCAAUUAAAGCGCAAGGCAUUUAGGGAAAUGUAGUUCCGUUUUCCCGACCCGGAAGCACAUUGCGGAGUAUGCAUGUGGGCUGCAAGGCUACUGUGAGCAUAUAAACACUGCUGCGUUCGGGAAACAGUAUGCUCCGUGGCGAGUAGAGAGCGGGCAGCCCGGGCGCAAAGCAUGCUGAGAGGUGUAGUUCUAUCACCACCUCUGUGCUUUGUGACGGCAACCGGAGCAGGUAGCCAGGAUCAUGUUGAGUGUAGAAUGGAUCCAGGUGGCAGAAAUGUGCUUCUACCUGGAUGAUGUGAAUGAGGACAGUAAAAUAGUAUGCCUCUGCUCCAGAGCAUUCGUCAAUGAUCGCAACUUGUACUAUUUGGGAUUCAAAGGAACUGGCUUCAGCAGAAAGGAAGGUAAAGAGGAUGUAGAAGAUGAUGAUGAAGAUGCUUCAGUUGUACCAUCAACCAACUCUAGCAUCUCUGUCUUUGCUGAGGAAAAUGAAUUGGACUCUGAGGCAGAAAUCAUGCUAAAAAUGGGUCUCCCUUUGCAGUUUGGUGGUUCAUCAUAUGAAAGAGAUUAUGUGCCACUGGAUUCUUGUGAAAAGGUGAAUAAAAUUUGGAAGAAGAGAAAGACCAAAUGCAAGAGACCUUUAGCUGAGCGUAUCCAAGAAGCAAUAGAAGAGCUAGCCCACAACGCCAGCCAUUCUUGUGAAGAAGAAUUUCCUGCAGAUCCUGAGCAAGCUGAUAUACAAGGUGGCUGUAAUGUAAAUCAUAAGGAUGUCAAUACAACUGAAUCAUCUACUCUAAAUGCACCCUCCACAGAGUCUCAUGUAAAAGACAAAUGGGAAGAAUAUUGGAAUCAGUAUGGCCAAGGGUUAUUAUGGCAGCACUGGGUUGAAAAGCAUCCAGAGCUAUCCUUGUCAGGAGAGCUUUGUAGCCUUGAACCCUGGAGCUCUGCUGAUACCAAGGAUGAAUGGGAUAAAUGUUAUAAUGAAUGUUACUGGAGCUAUUUUGAACAGUUUCAGUACUGGUCUAAUCAAGGGUGGACUUUUGAUGCACCCAAUGUGUCUAAAAUCAGUGAAAUACAAUCCCAGAGUGCAGAUGAAAGCAACCUUAACAUCAGCCCCAGGAUGUCUGCUGGAGACAGUGAUUGCCUUCAGGAAGACCAUUGCAAAACUCUUGUAAAAUCUAUGAGCAACAUUAAUCUUGAUACAGAGGAAAGUGAUCAAGGCCAUCCUUCUCUAAGUGUUAUUAAUGAGGGCAAUCAGCUGCAAACCCCAGAAAGCUUUGGAAAGCAUUGUCCUGAUCCUAACCAGAAUGAGCCUAGUGAUGGAACGGGGAAAAAGUAUGCAGCAUCUGGACAUACAGAUACAAGCCCGCCAGUGUCUCAAAGGUCUUCAGGUUCAUAUUGGCGGACCAGUCCCUCAGCCAUCUUGAAGGAUGGAGAUGAGGAAGAUGAUGAACCGCCUGAGUGCAAACAAGCUAAAAUCAAGAGAAGCCAUGAACUGGAUGCAGAUGAAGACCCAUGCAACGAUGUUCUGGUAGCAGCCUCCACCAUCUUGGGACUUAAACAUGGCACAGCACAAAAAUGUGGUGGGGUUUCCAGCUUUAGUCGCCGAACGUUACGUUAUCUGGAGAAAGGAGUCAAGUAUAGGUCCCAGUUCCUGGAUAUGCACAGGCCAGUGAAGGCAAAGAAUAAGCACAUUUUUUUCACUGAGGAGGGAAAUGCAGUGCCCAAAAGUAGAACUCUAAACAAGGUUCAGACCUUCCUGAAAGAAGUGAAUAAAGAUAUCCAGGACCCAUUGGCUGAAACUGUUACCUUACAGGAGGUGGAAUAUUCAUUCAGCAGCACUGAUUCUGAAGAACAAAAUCACCCUGAAGUUAAAGAGCCUUCUGCCCAUCUAGAGAGCCAGAGUCCAGACUCCAUGGCAAAGAGUACAGUGCUCUCAAACUCCAUCUGGUGUUCAAAAGAUGCGUGUGCAGAGCAAGACGCACAUCAUGAUAAUGAUUUGAAUAGCUCAAGACAGCUUGUUCCUUUGGAGAUUCCUGACUAUUUACAACAUGAAACCGAAGUUCCCAAAAAUGGUGAUGACAAAGUAAAGAAGAAGAGAAAAAUUAAAAGGAAAACAAAAUGUCUACCCCCUGAGAUUGCUGCUGUACCUCACCUGGCCAAGUACUGGGCGCAGCGUUACAGACUCUUCUCUCGAUUUGAUGAAGGGAUUAAAUUAGAUGAAGAAGGCUGGUUUUCUGUAACUCCAGAGAAGAUUGCAGAGCACAUUGCUAGCAGAGUCAGGCAAUCGUGUGAUUGUGGUGUGGUAGUGGAUGCCUUCUGUGGAGUUGGAGGGAAUGCCAUCCAGUUUGCAAAGGCAGGAAACAGAGUGAUUGCUGUGGAUAUUGACCCUGUGAAACUUGACUUUGCUCGCAACAAUGCUGAAGUGUAUGGAGUGACAGACCGGAUAGAAUUCAUCCGUGGGGAUUUCAUGCUCUUGGCUCAAGACCUGAAGGCAGAUGCUGUAUUCCUUAGCCCACCAUGGGGUGGCCCAGAUUAUGUCAGUGCAGAGACUUUUGACAUCAGAACAAUGUGCCUUGAUGGAUUUGAAGUUUUCAGGCUAUCCAAGCAGCUAACCAAGAAUAUAAUCUAUUUUCUCCCACGGAAUACGGAUGUGGAGCAGGUGGCAUCUUUGGCUGGACCCGGAGGGCAGGUUGAAAUAGAACAGAAUUUCUUGAACAAGAAACUGAAGACCAUGACGGUUUACUUUGGAGAUCUUAUCCGAAAAGUAUAAAAAUUUAAAAUGUAUUUAAAACUUUUAAAGAAAAAAAAAAGGAGUUGUAUUCUUGUUAACAUAAUACAUUUCUUACUGCAUAGAACUGAAUAGAAACUGAACUGAAUUUCAUAUCCUUGCUUUAGUUGUUUGUAACGGUUUUUUCAUUUUGUAUAAGUUCUUGUUGCCAUUUAAUAAGGCUGUAGUUAAGGUAUUCCUUCUGUUACUAUGUCAGUGCUUUGUAUGAACUUUAAUGAUAUGAACCAAUUGGCUGUUUUUGAACUGCACCACCCAGCAUCUUCUGCCAAAAUGCUGGGUAUUGUUUAGCAACAGCUAGAAAGUUUUAUAUGCCUAAUGUUAUAAUGUAUACAUUAUACCAAGGGCCACAGAAUAUUGAUUAUAGAUGUUUAAAAUAAAAGUUUAUAUUUUGUAUUA